UACUGAUUUGUCUCCGUCCCAACUCUUCGUUGCAGCAUCCAUCCCGCAUUCAUCAUGACCCAUAAUCACGACCGCUUCGAACAGCGUCUGACGUUCGCUCGUCAACUGCUCAACGAAAACUUCAAAGACAUCGGCGAAAGCGUAAUCACACCGCUGGACUAUGACGCCAACAGUAUCUUCAAGUACAAUAAUUUCAUCUACCGUAUUGAUUUGCCGAGCCCGCUGAAUGGGAGUCAGCUCGCAGGAAGGGAGGCCCGAAAAUCCUGCAAUCCGAUCCCGAUUGGAACGCAGCGCUUCGUUCUGCGCAUCGCCAAUGAUCUAGCCGAGAGCAUGUAUGCCCGGAGCCGCACGGAGAAUGAAGUCGCGAUGCUAUUGCUGACAGCCGCUGCUGUCAAGGGCACGCGUCACGAACAUAUUGUCCCAGAAGUUUAUGCUUGGGGCACUGUGGCAACCGGAUCGCCCUUUGGAUGGAUUCUUCAGCAAUGGAUGCCAGGGAUGACCUUGGAAAAGUAUCUCGAAAAGUCUCCAGACGGAGUGAUCCCGCAAGAGAUCUUCACCCAGAUGGCAGAAGUUGUGCAUGCUCUGCAGUCCUAUGAACUUCCCCAUAGUAUCACCGGCUACGGCGGUGUCACUUUCGAUGACCAGGAGAACAUCAUCAGCGGCCCAAUGACCACGGUCGGAGAGGGGCCGUGGUCAACGUAUGAAGAGUCGUUCGCAGCCUGGCUGCGACUCGCGCUUCAAGAGGCUGACAAGAAUGAAUACAUUCAAGGCUGGCGAGCAAACGGUGUGCGCGAACGAUUAGAACGAUUCGUCGCAGACGGCGUCCCGACCCAGUUCGCCAGGUUGACUUCCAAAUCGGAAAAAUGCGUCGUUCAUGCAGACUUCGCGCCGACCAACGUCCUGGUUAAUGAUAUCACCGGUAAUCUUACCGGUCUCAUCGACUACGAUAACUCGUGCAUCCUUCAUCCGUCCUACGAAUUCACCAAGUCCUUCAGCGGUAUCGGCGAGUCAUUCUCAGGCUGGUCGGCCGAUGAGAGCAGCGAGGACGCACAGCUGCGCCAUGCCAAACUCCAUGGCUUUCCAGAGCCCCUACCGUCCAACAACGAGGACGGACCCAACUGGUCGAAUGCAAAACUGUGGGAGGAGGAGCUCGAGAGGCUCAAUGUAAAAAGGCCAAGGACGACCCCUGGCAUGGACGGUGUAGCUCUUGUAGACGAGGUUCUGGGGUCGAUCCUACCUUGGCGACUGUCGAACGAGGACAUCGUUCGGGAACAAUCCGAGCCCGUCAAGCUCAAAUUCCGGGCGGAGUGUGAACUCCAGCUACAGGCUCUCCUUGAACAUUUCGGAUAUUGAAUGUCUGGGGUUCUCGCCGUUGUCAUGAUCAUCAUCCAAGUAGUAUCGUGAUUCAGAGUAGAUAGGUCGUUUCUGACCUCCAAGGCUUCUUCUGUUUAAUGACACUUAGUGGG